CUUCGUCUUCCUUUUUCUCCCUCCUCCUUCCUUUACAACUUUUUGCCUCUUUUUUUGGCCGAAUUCUCAUCCACGGUAUUUUGGAUUAUUGCCGGGAAUCCAUCAUUUUGAUCAAUAUCAGCCGAUUCCCCGCGGUGGGCCGCGUGAACCACCGAUUGCCCGCCGGCGGGAACCGUAACCCCGCCGUCCCCGCAGCUGCCGGUCCCCUCGACGUCCCUCUGGCGCGCUUCAUGGGCGAUCUCCGGGAUUGGCUAUCGGAGGCUACCGCCGCUGGCUUGGACAAGACUACGGAGAGUAACGCUGACAGCCUGCAGGUGGCCGAGGACGUCACGCAGGGGAUUAUUGCCCGGAUUCAUCCCAAUUCCAUUUCCGAGCAGAGGAGGAAGGCCGUAAUCGAUUAUGUGAAGAGGCUCCUGAGGAAUCAUCUCGGAUGCGAGGUAUUUCCAUUUGGUUCAGUUCCUCUGAAGACAUAUCUUCCGGAUGGUGACAUAGACCUCACAGCCUUUGCGGGUAUGAACGCUGAAGAGGCACUGGCCAAUGAUGUCUUUGCUGUGCUUGAUAGAGAAGAUAUGAAUGGCAAUGCUGAGUUUGUGGUGAAGGAUGUGCAGCUAAUUCGCGCAGAGGUUAAGCUGGUAAAAUGCAUCAUUCAGAAUAUUGUUGUCGAUAUUUCUUUCAACCAGCUGGGAGGUCUCUGUACUUUGUGCUUUCUUGAGCAGGUAGAUCGCCUCAUUGGAAAAGAUCAUCUCUUGAAGCGAAGCAUUCUUUUGAUCAAGGCGUGGUGCUAUUAUGAGAGUCGUAUACUCGGUGCCCAUCAUGGCUUGCUUUCAACAUACGCUUUGGAGACUCUUGUAUUAUAUAUUUUUCAUUUGUACCAUUCAUCGUUAAAUAGUCCUUUGGCGGUUUUCUACAAGUUUUUGGAGUUCUAUAGCAAAUUUGAUUGGGAAAAGUACUGCAUCAGUUUGAAUGGCCCUGUCCUUAUAUCAGCAUUGCCAGAAAUUGUUGUUGAGCCACCGAAAGUCAGUGGUGGUGAUCUUCUGUUCAGUAAUGAUUUCCUCAAAGAAUGUGUGGAAGAAUUUUCUGUUCCUUCUAAGGGAUUUGGCACCACAAACCAACGUACAUUUAUCAGGAAGCACCUAAAUAUCGUGGAUCCUUUGAAAGAGAAUAAUAACCUCGGCCGUAGUGUAAGCAGAGGGAACUACUUCCGGAUAAGAAGUGCCUUUGGGUUUGGAGUCCAAAAACUUGAAAGAGUUUCAUCAGAGACAAAGGAUGGCAUAGCUUCGAUACUGAAUGAAAUGUUCUCCAACACUAUGGAUCGGCAUGUAAGUGGACAGAGGCCAGAUGUUCAAGAUCCUGUCCCACCAUAUGGACAUGGUGAUUUUGGUGCGGAUACACACUUUUUGGGUCAUGAGAUGUAUCAUGACAACCAGUCUAGUCAUCUACCAGAUUACGGAGUUUCUGGGGAAUUUGAACUCUCGGUGAAUGGUGUAUUUGACAAGGUUGUAAUAUCUGAGGCAGAAAAGUCUUCCAGCAGAGGUGGGAGUGAAGCACCUCAAAGUUCUAAGAAAGUGAUCUCAGAGGAAGAUAAAUCUGUUGAUGAAGCUUCCAUUUCCGAUCGCCUCUCUGGUGAUGCAAAUGACCUUGCCUCAACAAGAACUCCUGCAACAUCAAAUGGCACCGCGAAGUCCUCUCCUCCCGAUGGUUUAGAGUGCUUCUCCCCAUCCGUGUACAAAGCUUAUCAUGCACCGCACCUCUAUUUCCCUCGCUCUUCCUCCAGACCUGAGGAGAGAAGAAAUGGAGAUGCAGCUGGAGAGCAUCCUGAGAACUGGGAUGAGGAACAAUUGACAGGUGGACUGCACGAGCGUCCUUCGCUCUCGAGUCCAAUAUCUUGGUCUUCAGAAGAUACAUACUCUGCUUACCCUGGCAUUCAGGCUUCAUCUUGUAGUCUCGAACUUUCAAACUCUUUGUCAGAUCUCAGUGGAGAUUAUGAGAGCCACGUAAAAAGUUUGCUUUAUGGACGGUGGUGUUACGAUUAUGCACUUGCUGCUCAGGCUGCUCAAGUUUCUCCACCCUUCGUUUCUCAAUUCCAAGGGAAGAGUCCAUGGGAUGUUGUUCGUAGGUCCAUGCAGCAUAAGCAUACAAGUUUUUCUCAGAUUAACAGUAAUGGUCUCGUUCCCGGUCGACCAUUCUACCCCAUGAAUUCUCAAGUAAUGCAAGUUCCUCCUUUUGGGGUGGAAGAGAUGCGGAAACCUAGAGGAACUGGAACAUACAUCCCAAGCACGAACCACUACAGAGCUAGGACAACGAUGGGAAGGGGAAGGCCCCAAGCACCACCAGUGAAGUCACCUCGCGACAAUGGCCGUGGCCCAGUACCCGUUGAGGUGGUCUUUUCUGAAAGGAUUAGAAGGCUUUCUGAAUCCCAUGGGAGACCUCACGUGCCUGCUUCAGAUCUCAACGAUUCUGAAUCUCCAAGAAGGAAAUCUCAUGCCAAUGCAAAUGGAUCAAUGCAUCACCCUCCGUCUGACCAGGUUGAGUUUAGCUCCUUCGGGCAAAAUCCAUGGUCGGGGGCCGGUUCCACGUGGCCCCGAAGCUCCACAACGAGCCCUUCAACUUCUGGAACCCAGAGGCCAAGAUCCUCUGAUGGGAUUAGUCAAGAUAGGAUCCUGGAACAAUCGUAUCAUUUGAAAAAUGAUGAUGAUUUCCCGCCUCUGCCGGAGACUGCCGGAAAGGGAUUAUGACCUGUUACAUGUGAUUUUAGAUGUUGGCAUGACUAAAUUAUAGACCAGCAAUUAAAAGAAGAAAAAAAUAGAGAAAUACUAACAUUAUAGUCUCUGGAGGUGUUUUGUACGAUCAGUAAUGAAGUUCUUCUCUCCCCAAAUCCCGAUGAAACCUCGAUAUAUAUGGUUUAGUCGACGAGUUUGCUGGUCAGUGUAUAGGAUGAUGGCAAUGGGUUUGAGCUUCUGUGAGUUAGCUCUUUCUAGAUUUUGGUCAGUCUGUUCUAUUUUUAAUCAAAUUAGGUGAAUGAAUUAUUAGUUUGGUGUGUAAUUUGUUGUUGCUGAUGAUGUCUCAAGCACAGCUUCCUUGUCGGAUUACAUAAAUUAAACACAAAUGUUUUUGCCCC